AUGCCGCACAUGCUGCAUGUCGCCGCUCCUUUGGCAAGUGAGCUGCUUGCCACUUUGGAGCAGGAACAUACUCGAGAGAUUGUGACUUUGUACGAAGAACAGGUGCGCUUGCGUGAGGAACUUCGCCGAGUAGUCGAUCUCAUGCAGCAGGAGGUCCUGCCUCGAGAACGGCAACUCCAUGACAUGUUCGAACAACUCAACGCUGCAUUUCAUUCGUCCGCGGAGAACAUGCGGAGACAGCAAGAGGAGUUUCAUGCAAGGGCCUCGCAAGUGACACAAAGGCAUGACGAUUCUCGGCGCCAAAUGUUGGAUCCGUUGCAGGAGGCCGAGCGCGAGUUGGCCAGGAUCAACUCCAUAUUACAGCAGCCACUGGUCAUAUCCAAUGAUUUGCCGCCUCAGGUGCUGCAGCAUAUACAGGCUUUGCCAACCUCGACCUGGCAACCUGCGAAGGCAGCUCCCAGAGCUGCUUCUUUUAGUGACAAUGGCCAUGUACCGAAUUGUCCCAACUGUGGGAACGAAUAUGCUGGAGACUCUCUCUUUUGCCGAAAAUGUGGGCAGAAACGGGAGGGUGUUGACAGGCCUCCAUCCCUGGCUCUGAGAAGGUGA